AUGGAAUGCAUUAAUUGCGCAGUGGUCAGUCAUCGUUCCCCCUUCCCUGUUCUUCAUAUUCUUAUUUCCAGAGCCCUGCGAAUCCGGUGAUCUGUCUACUUUGCGGUCAGUUGCUUUGUUUGGAUGAAUGCUGUCGACUGACUCACAAAGAAGCGGGAAGUGACAAGACAAUCAACACGUCGGAGAUCGAAUCGGUCAGUCGUCCUAGCCUUCCGUGACGCCCUCAAUCUUUCCUAAUUUCAGCACGCGGAAAAAUGCUCCUCGUCGUCCGGUCUCUUCAUUUCAAUCACGUCCUCAAUGGUGAUUGUGAUGCGCGGAAAGCAGGCAGCCAUUUGGGGCACAGUCUAUCUCGAUUCUCACAAAGAAGAAGACCGUAAUCUUCGUCGCGGAAAGCCCCUUUUCCUGUGUGAAUCCCGUCUGAAAUGGCUCGAAUACGAUUGGGCGGAGCAGGAAUGGCAGCGAGUCUUCCAAUGGUUCAGUCUCUCCAACUCGCACACAUUCAUCAAUGCCAUCAGGGAUUGCCACAUGCACCAUUGA